UUUUUGCGGACUUUUUACGAAUUUCUGGGCGUUUAUUCUUUAAUGGGGUUUUAAUGGGUUCUACAUAUAGGAUUUAUGGGCUUAUUGGAACCUUGGCUUUUAUUGGAACAUUUCGGUAUAUUUAUUUAAUUUACCCUUUUGAGCACUUGUUGAUUUUUAUAACUAUAAAUUUGUGCGAUAAAUUUAUUUAUUAAAAAAUUUUUUUUGUUUUUUUGGCUUUUUAAUGGCCUCAUAUUUAAAAAAAAUUUUUUAAUUUUUUCUAAAAUUUUUAAGAAAGGUUUAGGAUUAUGCUAACUUUAAAUUUUUCAAAAAAUUUUAUUGGUGGACCAAGAGAGAAAAAAUUGCUUCUUGAAUGUAUUUACCAUUUAAAACGCCAAAAACAGUAUAGUAAAAGAACAUUUUUUAUCAAUCAAUGGAGGUCAUUUAAGCGGUGGCAAGAAGUUGAGCAUCACAACAAGGAAUAUUUUGAAUGGAAGUAUAGAAUGGAAAAUUAUAUAAAAAUGGAUGGGAUGUAUUUAACACCCGAACGAUCUCAAGAUGGUAAUUUAUAUAUUUUAUAUUUCUCUAAUCUUUUUUUUAAAGUUAUGCCCAAAAAAGCAAUUCAAGAUCAGGAUCAGUGGAUGUUAGGCACUUUUCCUACUCAAUACCAUAUUGCCAUGAAACAACUUCGAUAUGUUGACCAUAGUUUUGACAAUCUUCGUCGUUGUAGGGACUAUAGACACUUUCAACGGCUUCAAUUUGAUCAGAGAUUUUUGCCCGAACGUUUGUUGUUUUUGGGCCCUGAUUUGGCUGCUGCUCAUUUUAUUGUUCACAGAAAUGGCUCCGUUAAAUUCAUGGAAGAUCCAAAUUGGUAUAAACGUGAGGGAAAGCUUAGGAGGUAUGCAUUACCAGGAAAAAAGGUUGAUGGAAUGUAUGUUGAGGCGAUUGAUGCAUCUGGGACAGAAUUAAUGUUUGAAGGUUUUGAUAAUUUAUACGACUUGGAAUUCCUUCGCCUCCUAAGUUUAAAAAACUGUCGUUAUGUUGAUGAUUGGGUUUUGAGUCGAAUUGGAGGAAUGUUUUCAAAUUCAUUGGAAAUGUUAGAUUUGAGUAAUUGUAAACGAAUUUCUGCUAAAGGACUCGUUGGAUUACGUUCAUUAACUAAACUACGCUUUUUAAGGCUUGAUGGGCUUGAAAAUAUUGAAGGAAUUGAGAAAAGUGCUUUAAUGUUGGAAGAUGCAAUUCCUGAUUUGGUUAUAACUGGACUUGAUUAUGACAAGGCAUUAUCUCAACUUGAAGAGGAAGAAAAGCUCCUUCGACACGAUCGAAUAGUUUUGGAUGCUAAAGAUGACAAUGGACGAUUUUUCUAUGUUAAAGGCUCGGUUAAUGAAAGGGUUGCGGUCUGUGAUCAGGACAAACCUUUGGUGACUUCAAUGAUAAGAAGAGAACUUCCAGCUAUGGACACUGAAGAAUUUGAUGAUUUGGAUGAUUUGGCUAAAGGAAAAUUACGUCAUUUUCUUGUUGGAUCACCUAGUGGUUAUUCAUGGACAGAACAAGUAGAAACAAUAUUAACCCACGAAGAAGGCUGGAGACAUUGGGAAGGAAUACCUACAGAAAUAAAAAUGUUGCCAAAAUAUAAAAGAGUUGCCCUUUUAGAGGCUAGACGACAAAAUAAAUUGUUAAAUAAUGGGGAAUUAAUGUUGGAAUUAACGAAAGAUUCGGGGCAAGAACAAAUUGAAGGUGGGGAAAUGGACAAACAACAACAAAUUGUUUGUGGGUGAAAAAAAUUUUUUAGGAAUUUUUUUGUAUU